AAACCAUCUCAUUCGUAUAUUGCCUUGAUAUCGAUGGCUAUCCUGGAAUCCAGCGAGAAGAAGUUACUUCUCGGUGAUAUCUACGAGUACAUUAUGGAAAAAUUCCCUUACUUCAAUAACCAAGAAAAGGCAUGGAGGAACAGCAUUAGACAUAAUUUGUCGCUGAACGAAUGCUUCAUCAAGAAUGGACGCUCUGACAACGGUAAAGGAAAUUUUUGGUCCAUACAUCCGGCAUGCCUGGAAGAUUUCUCCAAAGGUGAUUUUAGGCGUCGCCAAGCGAGAAGAAGGGCAAGACGA